GUGGGCAUGGCAGGGGAAAGAUACUGUAAAAUCUCCAUUCCCACCCCACUCCAGGGGAAGAAUACUGUAAAAUCUCCAUUCCCACCCCACUCCAGGGGAAGAAUACUGUAAAAUCUCCAUUCCCAACCAACUCCAAUUCCCAACUCGAUCAGCUGGGACUUGGGAGCCAGAGAAUAGAUGGGGGCGGGGCCAGUCAGAAUUUUUACUACCUUUUCUCCGAACUACUCAAAAUUUCCGCUACCAGUUCUCCAGAACCUGCUGAAACCCACCUCUGCCCUGGAUGUAAGGGUAUCUCUGGAAAAGCGUGAGUGAAAUGGAGGGAAAGGUAGGCUUAUAAAUAAAACACUUCCUAAUUCCCAUAGUGUGUUCCUGGCCUUCUAGGAGAAACUGGGACCAUGAUUUCUAUCACCAAACCUUUCUCUCUUAGUUUCGCAAAGCCUUCAAAUUCAUAGUCACAAUAAAGGGUGAACUAAGAACAAACUAGGCCAAAAUCUUACCUAUACCUCACUUGCUGCAGUUAGAGAAGGACUGAACAAAAAUGACUAUUUCUCAAGAUAAUCACAACCUUGAAAAAUAAUAUGUAAUAUUUGGCUCUCCAGAUAUUUAAUUUCACUUCCCAUUGUCUCUAGCCAGCAUGGGCAGAGAAGAUAAUGAGAACUGUACUCUAGCAAUAUCUGGGGUGCCACAGUUGGUCCAUCCCUCUUGCAAAGUACUAUUUCGUGCGCUCCCCUUAAGAAUACACCAAAAUGAAAAAACUUAUUGAACCAUUUUCUCUUCCUGAACACCGUAGGAGCCGUGACCAGAAGAAUAAGCAAAUGCAUUUGCAGCUGUGCGAGGCUAUCCUUCCACAAACUGGUGACUUUUCUUGCUGAGGUUUUUUCCCCCUUCUGCUUCUAUAUAAAUGAAGAAAUGUAACAUGUCCCCCAAACAUUAGAUUGGGAUUAUAUAAUAAUGGGAAAGAGCAUUGAACUAGCUUUCCUGAAACCAUCUUAACAUCCAAACGACAAGAGAAUUAAAAGCUAGUUGAAGAAGAAACUUUGAUACAUGAGAAUACAGAUGCAUUUGAUACAUGAGAAUCCAGAUGUUACAGGAGUGAUACCUAACCCCUUAUUGCUAAUCGGUUAAAAGAAGGAAGGAUUGUGGAAUGUGGAUUAACCUGUCAAGACAAAUAUAUAACAAAUUUCCAUAAUCUGAAAUUAGAACACUGUUUUGCUGACUGACUGAAAAGCGGAAUUUUCAUGUCUGUCAUUCACUGGCCCUUCUCUGAAGUUUUUCUCCAAGUUGCUUUUAUUGGCUGGAAACUAUGAGAAUUUCUGAGUUUCACAUGACUCAAGAAAGCAAGUUUGCUUUAGCUAAAAAUUGAACAUUGCUUAUUUGCUUCAGGAAAGAAAACACAAUAGAUUCAGAUGUAUUUCUCAAUUGUUCCUUCAACCACAUAGUAUAACAAAUAUCCCAGCAAUUAAUGAGUGUAGAUUAUUUUAUUUGUUGGUUGGUUGCAGGUAAUUUCUGACCCUUAUCUAGCCACAUAGAAGACGCUUUUUCAGGAUCAAUAUUUGGGUCCAGAAAAAAUGUGUUUGUUUUUUAAAUGCUUUUUGAUGUGUUUUCAGGAAUGCAAAUGAGCAGCUAUUUACUGCAAACGUGGAAACAUCUGAAAAGAGAAAACCGGAACUUCUUCUCAGGAUAACCUGUUAGGAAGAAUGUUUGGACUUUAUGGAGAUAUAUGAAAGGUGUUUUUUUUUACAUAUGCACAAACACAGACUGUUGUCAGAUAUUGAGGAGUGGAUGAAAUAGAAGAUCUGGUUAAAAAACAGAUAAAUGUUCUCAUGUAUGUCUAAGCAAAGCAAGAUAUUCUGAUGGUCUCUGACAGAUGUCCUUCUCUUGACUGUUUAGAUCCAUUAUCUUAUUUCCAAAUUCUAUGUUUUCUUAUUUUCAUGUUGCUCGUUUCAAUUUAGGCUUCUGGCCUCAUGUGCUGACCUCUUUCAUUUUCUCUGCUUCUGCUGAUCCAGAAUCCAAACAUUCUUCUUUCUAUAUCUGGCUCAACCAGCUCUUUCAAUGUCAUCAUCUCAUCCGAAGCCUUCAGAGGUUAGCUGUCUAGAAGGAGAUCAGUAACUUGAGAUUUGUGUAGCCAGAUUCAGGGUUUAAAUGAAUUCCUCCAUCAUAGCCAUCAGUGAGAAGGAAGAGAAGUUGCAAAAGAAAGGAUUACAGGCAGAAUUCUGUGGGUUUCCACAGAAUUGUUUAGGAAGUGCCACAGCUAAAUUGUACAUCUAAAUUAACGUGUAAGAAGAUAUUGUGGUUUUGUCUUUAACUUCUAAUGAUGAUAUUUGUCUUUAUUACAGUAUUUAUUUCAUGUUUUAGAGCACUUGCCUCCACUAUAUUAGGCAAUGAUUGCUAGGAACACACCCUAAUACCUUUAUAGAUUAGAUUAAAACAUAUGAUCUGGGUCACUAUUAAAAUAAGGGUUUAAGUUGUUAAUUCUCUCUACUCUGGUACUGGAACUGAAAUUUGAGAUUAAAAGAGUACACUGUUUGAUCCUGAUGGGAUAAAAUAAGUCCUAAAAUUCCCUACCCUCUACAAUUUCUUUUUUCCUAUUUUGUUCCUUCUUUUGUUUUCCGCCAAACAAAGCCUGUUAAGAGGGGGGGAGAACAGUCAUUACUAAUGCUGUUUGAUUAGUUGCUAACCAGCCUAGUCUGUAUUCUUCUUUUCUUCUGGUCAGAUGGCCAUCUAACAUCCUUUGAAUCAAGGUGGAGGAUUAAAAGAUAGAGCUAUAAUAUAAUCAAGGAUAUUGUUACUACUGCAAAGCAAUACUAACAGGCACUUGGGAAGCGUGUUUCCCUCUCAGGAGUUUAAAAAAAAAAAUUGGGAACAAGGAAUUACAUUACAGGAAAUGUUGAUGUUAAUUUUUUAAGAUUUCAAGGUUGGACCAGGAAGAGUUGCUCCUGUCCAGCAUCGCAAAUGCUGGCAGAAAGGACUGUGACUUGCUAAAAUAAUAGGGGUAUCCUGUAGACACUUUAGAAUUGCACGUUCUGUUGUCAAGGGCCAUGGCUGGAUCCCAGAUCCGCUGCCUGGAGAGCGAAGAGCCAUACAUUAAAGUAACUGAAUCAAAUCCUGAAUUUUAUUAUUGUGAACGUCAGCGGUUGGCCCUUGAAGCUCUACUUGCCAAUGGUGAGGAAGCCUUCAAUCAGUGCCUCUCCCGUGAAAAGCUGCGCCCCUUUCUGUCAGAGGGUGAACUGCAGGAAUUAAAGGCUGUAGUAACGGCAGAAGAAUUACAGGCUCCCCCUUCAGGUGGAGCAGGGACUUACAGUUUUGGAACGAAGGGAUCUAGUCUCAGCUACUGGCCUCAGCGUUCAGAUGAUCCACCCCCAGAACUGGAGCUAGGGUGGCCAGACAAUGGGGCUUGGAAAGGAAUUACCCGAGCGGAGGUCUAUACCCACCCACCAGGAGAAGGAGCGCCACAUAUUAAGGAAUUGGUACGCAGCUGUAUCCAACAAGCCCACAAGGUGAUUGCUAUAGUCAUGGACAUUUUCACAGAUCCUGAUAUUCUCUUAGAUCUGUAUGAUGCAGCAAUCAGGCGGCGGGUACCAGUUUAUCUUGUGCUCAACCAGCAGCAUCUUCGCUCCUUCCUCUCCAUGGCUGAGAAAACUUGCCUUAAUGUCCGUCACACAGAGAACCUGCGAGUCAGAACUCUUCGUGGCUGUACAUUCCAAAGUAGAAGCCAGAAACAGAUCACAGGAACCCUGAAGGAGAAAUUUCUGCUGGUUGACGGAGAAAUUGCAAUUACUGGCAGCUAUAGCUUCACCUGGACUGAUGCUCGCUUGAACCGCCACCUGGUCACUCGCCUUACAGGAGAAGUGAUCGAAGCAUUUGACCAGGAAUUUCGCACUUUGUACGCGGCUUCCUGCCCCCUGCCAGCCCUGGAGACACCCCCUCACCUCCAGCUUGCUUCUGUGGCACCGCUACCUAGCACCAACGAGCCAGAUGUGGCUCCAUACAUCAGUGUGUUGGAUGGGGUGCAGCUGUCCCACCGAAUUGCAGAGCGACGCUCAGUGGCCCCCCAACCUGUGGCCAAGAGCCGAGCAGGUGAGUGGGAACUUGUGUUAGCUUCACCGGCUACUGCUGAAGAUCCCAUGUUGCCUGCUUCUCCUCCCAAAGCAUCUCUCCGAAAUCGACUUGCAGCAUGGCGAGGUGUGGACCAUUCUGGAGGGGGCCAACAGGGAUCUCCUGAUGGGCCCAGCGCUCUUAGUGAUAUCUACAGGAACGUCCAACGAAAUCGACUCUCUGCUGCCAAGACUACUGGGGCCCGCCCUAGUAAAUCCUUAUGGGACCUCAGCCGUUUAAGCCAGCUGUCUGGGUCCAGCACAACAGGCUGGGGACGAAACGGUAUAGACUCUGCUGAGGAAGCUAAAAAAUGGGGCUAUCAGGCUACUCCAGCAAAGGAAUUGAUGAAACAUCGAGGAUCUGGCCACGUCCCAGAAGAACCGAGAAUGCCUUUUUACAUGGCCCACGGGCGCAUGAUUCCAUCCCCUAGUUACAUACCCCUAGGAAGACUUCAAGGGCAACUCUACCAUAAACCUCCCAAUAUAGGCCUACCCAGGACUUGGGGACAUCUGCCAAGGCCCCAGUAUGGGCAUCAGCCACGGUUUUGAACUAUCUUUGAAGCUCUGAGUCAAGGAAGGGUGGGGAAGAGAUAUCGGAGGUUAAUCCAGAUGCAGCUGGAAGCAUUAGAGACAGAUAUGAUUACUUCACUGCAAGGAAGAAUGAAAGCUGAUUACGGGCUGGAACUCCUGACACAUUUUGCUAUAGACGUCCUUUUUUUUUUUUUUUUUUUACUAAUGACCUUUCCCAUGGUAUCAUUGCAAAAUUAGACCCUGAACUUGCUUCCUGUUUAUACAGUGACAAAUGUUUGUAUAUCCAAUCAAGCAAGCUGAACAAUCUUUCUUUAAUGGGGUCGGAUGAAUUAGAAACCAGCAUGCAUCUCAGAAGCAUUAUCAUGAGCUGUUCAACCAUUUUGGGGUGAAGCUGCUGAAACACCCAGAAUCAAUAUUAAGCGUUUGUCGUCGUGUGUCCCCCCCCCCAGUACAUGUUGAUAAAAAUGGAAAUUGCAUAUGCAUUCCUGUGUUUGGAAUUAAAAGGAGGAAGUUGCUCUCUCUUAUCUUAGAUUGCAGUUUAGACUCCUUUCUCCUAUCAAAGUAAGGAACUGAACUGAAGGCAGGCAGAAAGCAGAAUGAGAUUUUAAGCUAAGGGAUCAGAGUCAGUAUAUUAAACUUUGCUGGUUUCUGAGGGAAUGCAUUUGAAGAGGAGGAGUGUUGGAGUGAGUGUUUAUUUAAUCGCUGGACGCAAAUGGAGAAAAAAGAGGGAAAAAACAGUGAUUCUGGGAAGCCACUAAAUAGAAGAAAAACAUAUCUUCCAUACAUAUUUCAUGGAAGAGAAAGACCAUCUGGUGAUCUUCUUUAAAGUCCAUCAAUUUACACUAUAUUAUAGAGCAUGGGUGUCAAACUCGUGGUCCCCGGGUCGGAUUUGUCACCCACUGGCCACGCCCACCUCUGGUUUAGCGAAGGGAAAAAAAGUUAUGAUACGUCAUGUGACGAUGUGGCAACGCGAGUUUGACACCCCUGUUGUAGAGUAAAUACUGGGAGCAAAGAAGGACUGUUCCCAGAGUAUGGUCAACAAAGUCAAGAUGGCAGCCACAACACAACAUGGGCAGAGGUUUGAUGGCAUCUUUGAGUUCACCAUCUUGACCUUUUGCAGAUCCCCCUGGAGCAAAGCUUUCAGGUUCUCUGAAACUCUCUGGCCCCACUCCCAAAUCCCAAUCAUUGAGUAUCUCAGAGAUGGAUUCCAUCAUACCAUAAUUUUCCAUCUUCUCUUGAUGUGUUUGCAGGGGAAACUUAAUUGUACCACAAUGCAAUGUUCUAUGGGAGUGACAUGACCUUCCAUUUUGAAAUCUCAGUUGAUGUUAUCAUCUUAAAUUCUAGCCCCCCAAAAAUGCUAAGGAAAAACAAUAAGAUACCAACAGAGCAGUGGUGGAAUUCAAUUUUUUUUACUUAUGGUUCUGUGGGUAUGGCUUGGUGGGCAUGGCAGGGGAAGGAUACUGCAAAAUCUCCAUUCCCACCCCACUCCAGGGGAAGGAUACUGCAAAAUCCCCAUUCUCUCCCCACUCCAGGGAAAGGAUACUGCAAAAUCCCCAUUCCUUCUCCACUCCAGGGGAAGGAUAUUGCAAAAUCUCCAUUCCCACCCCACUCUGGGGCCAGCCAGAGGUAGUAUUUGCCGGUUGUCCGAAUACUCAAAAUUUCCGCUACCAGUUCUCCAGAACCUGUCAGAACCAGCUGAAUAGCACCCUUGCUACAGAGAUAGUUCUGGAGAGCAUCAGACCAAGAUACCUGAAUACAUUUAGCUUCGAGAAGAGAUGGUUGUGACUGAGGAGGAAUGUGAUAAUAUCUGAAGAAGCUCACAAUCUGUUCUCUGCCUCUUCAAAGUGUGGGAUGUGUAACCGAUAGCCUUCAGUUACAAGAAGGCAAAUUCCAAUUUAAUUGCCAGGAAAACACCCUAACAGGAAGUGAAAUACAACAAUGAAUCCAUAUUCAAGGAGAAAUCUUGAUAACCUCUUGUCAGGGACGUUUCAAUUUUGGAUUUUUACCCUGAACUGCUGCUUGGUUGUCCUUAAUGGACUCUCUAUAAACCUGAGUUAAAAUAUAGAUCUAGUGAUAACAAGAUUCAAUUUGUUUUUAAGCUCAUCUCUGCUUUGCACAACAAUGGAGCACUUAAAUUCAAAUGUAUGUUCAUCAUUUUGCCCUAAUGAAAGGUUUGUCUUAGUUAUGAUAUUUUAGAUGCUUUUCUUUAUGGAUCAAUAAAACUUCCUUUGCUA